GGCUGCUACAGUCGGUGAGCCGCUCGCGCCGCCGCCGCCGCUUCUGUAUGGAUGCGACUAUUAACGGAGACUGGAGGAAAUUAACCGAUUAAUGCGUGACAAUGGGACGCAGCAGAACGGCUUGGACAAGAAGGGUCAUAAUGUGAAAGAAGACGACUUUCAACAAGGGAAAAAUAAAAAGAAAUAGGGAAAGAGUGUUGGUGCUGGCUGAAUUUGAAGCUUUUGCGCAUAGAAUAAUAACGCGCAGGAGACUGUGGCAAAGGAGGAACUGAAGUAACUCCUACACUGAAUGGACUUUUCUAAUACUCUCCACAAGACAAAUGUCCGAGGAUGUUUCCAGACCGUCCGGGGCGCGCACAUAGCCUGCCCACCGGACACUGACUGACCUUUACGCACGGGAAAACAUCCGUGCACCCACACAUUUGAUUUUUUUUUUCUGUUGUAGAUUGAUGAACUUUGUAAUACAUUUUUAAUGAUUCGUGAUCUGAGCAAGAUGUACCCCCCGGCGCGGCAUCCGGUCCCACACCAGCCGGGACAGCCGUUCAAAUUCACCGUCACCGAGUCCUGCGACCGGAUCAAGGAGGAGUUCCAGUUUCUCCAAGCCCAGUACCACAGUCUGAAACUGGAGUGUGAGAAACUGGCCAGUGAGAAAACUGAAAUGCAAAGACACUAUGUCAUGUACUACGAAAUGUCGUACGGACUCAACAUUGAGAUGCACAAGCAGGCGGAGAUCGUCAAGCGUCUGAACGCGAUCUGCGCCCAAGUCAUCCCCUUCCUCUCUCAAGAGCAUCAGCAGCAGGUGGUGCAGGCGGUGGAGAGAGCCAAGCAGGUCACCAUGGCUGAACUCAACGCCAUCAUUGGACAGCAGCAGCUCCAGGCUCAGCACCUCUCCCAUGGCCACGCCAUACCUGUACCCCUCACCCCCCACCCGGCGGGCCUCCAGCCCCCACUGCCCCCCGGGGCCAGCGCCGCCAGCCUGUUGGCGCUCUCAUCAGCCCUGAGCCACCAGCUGCCACUCAAAGACGAGAGGAAACAUCACGACAACAACAGCGAACACCAGAGAGACAGAGACUCAGUUAAGAGCUCAUCUGUGUCUCCGUCAGCCAGUUUUCGGACUGGAGAGAAACACCGGAACUCCAGCGAUUACACGUCUGACACCAAGAAACAGAAGACGGAUGAGAAGGAGUUGGCCUCCACACGUUAUGAAAGUGAUGGAGAGAAGAGCGAUGAGAACUUGGUGGUGGACGUCUCUAAUGAGGAUCCGGUGUCUCCGCGAGGAAGUCCUGCCCACUCGCCUCGGGAGAACGGAUUGGACAAGAAUCGCCUCUUAAAGAAGGACGCGCCCCUCAGUCCGUCAUCCAUUGCCUCGUCCAGCAGCACGCCGUCGUCCAAAUCCAAAGACAUUAAUUUAAAUGAGAAGUCCACGACGCCUGUGUCCAAGUCCAGCACCCCGACGUCACGCUCCGACGCCCCCACCCCCAGCAGCGCCUCCACCCCAGGCCUGAGGACAACGUCUGCUAAACCAGCAGGAGUGGAGACACUGGCUCCUGGUCUUCGAACGCCGUUGGCUGUGCCCUGCUCGUACCCCGGUCCGUUCGGGAUGGUCCCCCACCCGGGUAUGAACGGGGAUCUGAGCGGAGCAGGCGGGGCCUACACCGGUCUGCACAACAUCUCACCACAGAUGAGCGCGGUGGCGGCUGCCGCUGUAGCAGCUUAUGGACGCACACAAGUGGUUGGAUUUGAUCCUCAUCACCACAUCCGUGUGCCUGGCCUUCCCCCAAACCUGUCAGGCAUUCCUGGAGGAAAACCGGCCUACUCGUUCCAUGUGAGCGCUGACGGACAGAUGCAGCCGGUGCCUUUUCCUCCGGACGCGCUGAUCGGCCCGGGCAUCCCACGUCACGCACGACAGAUCAAUACUCUGAGCCACGGAGAAGUGGUGUGUGCCGUCACCAUCAGUAACCCCACCCGACAUGUGUACACCGGUGGAAAGGGCUGUGUCAAGGUGUGGGACAUCAGUCACCCGGGCAACAAGACCCCCGUGUCUCAACUCGACUGCCUUAACAGAGACAACUACAUCCGCUCCUGUCGACUUCUUCCUGAUGGGCGGACUCUCAUUGUCGGCGGCGAGGCGAGUACUUUAUCCAUCUGGGAUUUGGCCACACCCACACCACGUAUCAAGGCAGAGCUAACUUCAUCAGCCCCUGCCUGUUACGCUCUGGCCAUCAGCCCAGACUCCAAGGUCUGCUUCUCCUGCUGCUCUGACGGAAACAUUGCUGUGUGGGAUCUGCAUAACCAGACUCUGGUUAGGCAGUUCCAGGGCCACACCGACGGGGCCAGUUGUAUAGACAUCUCCAACGAUGGGACCAAACUGUGGACGGGGGGUCUGGACAACACCGUCAGGUCCUGGGACCUGAGAGAAGGACGACAGCUGCAGCAGCAUGACUUCACCUCACAGAUCUUUUCCCUGGGGUACUGUCCAACAGGGGAGUGGCUUGCAGUGGGCAUGGAGAACAGUAACGUGGAAGUCCUACAUGUCACUAAACCAGACAAAUACCAGCUGCACCUGCAUGAAAGCUGUGUGCUGUCACUCAGAUUCGCCCACUGUGGGAAAUGGUUUGUGAGCACAGGAAAGGACAAUCUUCUCAACGCCUGGAGAACACCGUACGGGGCCAGCAUAUUCCAGUCGAAGGAGUCGUCAUCGGUGCUGAGCUGCGACAUCUCCAUAGACGAUAAGUACAUAGUGACGGGCUCAGGAGAUAAGAAAGCCACUGUCUACGAGGUCAUCUACUAGGAGGGUCACGGCCAUGACUCCGCCCCCUGUACAUUAUCUACUGUAUUUAACUUGGAUUUCACUGGGAUUCACCACAGUUUGGUUCUUUUCUUGGACUGUGACUCUACGACCUCUCAGCUCAUCAGUUGAACAAAAAGCAGAACCAAGCACAGACAGUUGUGUUGUUUUUAAUCAAGUGUUUUGUGAGGAUGAGUAAAUGUUGAUAUCCACUGGAAGCAGAACCCACCUGAUGUCCCUGUAUGUGAAACAUCUCUGCUCUGAUUUGUUUUCUAUGUUCAGAUGGACUUGAACAGCUUUAUUUAAAAGGCUUUUUUUGUUGGUUCAGUCUCAUUCAUGCCUUUUUGUAAACUAUUACCUCAUACCUUUGGCUUUUUUUGUUGUUACUUUCAUUUGUUUGUUUUAAUCCAGAGUCAUUCAUUCAUUUAAUACAUUUGAUUCGUCAUCUUCUGAACUGC